AUGCCGUAUAACCAUGUGCCGUCGAUUAAAAACUACUGGUCGAAUCAUAACUCAUUGAGCAAUGAAUCUAUAAAAUCAGCCAUAUCACGUGAUCGUUUUGAGCAGAUAAUGUCUAAGCUAUAUUUUGCUCCAGUUGACAAGCCUGCAGAUGCAGGAAAAACCUAUUACAUUCACGAUUUCAUGAAUUGCUUGAAAACAACUUUCAAAGCCUGCCGGGAUGAUAGUAGCUUCCAAAGUAUCGAUGAACAAAUGACUAAAUUCAAAGGGUGUUCAUCACUCAAGCAAUAUAUGCCACUCAAGCCAGUGAAACGGGGCAUCAAAACGUGGCUUCGCUGCGAUUAUUUGACUGGAUACACCUAUGACAUGAGUAUCUAUUGUGGAAAAGAAGGAUCUGUCCUUGAAGGGACACUCGGCGAACGAUUUGUGAAUGAUCUUGCAGCAACGAUUUCUAACCCUGACGUGACACUUUGCUUUGAUCGUUUUUUCACCACUGUUAAUCUUAUUAACAACAUACAAUAUCCAGCUUUGGGAACAUGCAUGUCCAACCGGAAGAAUGUUCCGAAAAUACUAGAAAAAUUGCAGCGCGGCGAAGCUAUUUUCAAAGUUAAUUCGGCGGGUACCAUAGCGGUAAAGUGGCAGUACGUCAAAGAGGUAAUGCUGCUCAGUAACUGCCACACAUCUGAAAUGAGCACUGUUAGACGCAAAAUGAAAUAUGGAACUGAGGCAGAGUUUCCAUGCCCUGACAUCGUAAAGACGUACCGCGCAAUAAUGGGCGGUGUGGACUUGGCAGAUCAAAUGUCGGGAUUGUAUGAUAUAAACAGAAAAUCAAAUAAAUGGUGGAAAAAAGUAUUUUAUCGUGGCAUGAUGAUGGCUGCUGUAAACACUUGGGUUAUAUAUUCGGAGCUGAAUAGGAAGAAACCUGCCUUCUUACCAGUGCUGGUCGAGAUUGCUGAGUCGCUAAUUGAAAAAGGAAAGGAAUCUACCGCAUAUAAACGAUCCCGUCGGUCUGGAAGAUCAUCGAAUAGAUCCGAAACCAGUGAUGGUAGCGGAUCUGGAUGGUACUUGGAUGAAUACACUAAGUACUUCUACGCUACAGGACAGAUGGCCAAUGUAUUCUUAACGGAAGUCUAUGCCAACUUGGAUCCAGCAUACUGGCUAAUUGAGGGACAGUGGCGGGGUAGUAGUAUUGGAAUUUGUAGUGACAGUCAAGCUGCACGGAAAGCCCUCGCUAACCCACGCUGUUCUUCGUAA